UUUCGAUCCUCCACUACAUCCUUCAUCUCGUAUACGUACGAAGUCCCCUUCGUAUCUCGUCAGCAGCUCAGUUCGAUCUUCUUAAAAGGCCUGAACAACGCCCGAGGCCCAGGCAUCCAGGACGUGUGUGCUUGUCUCGGACUCCGAUCCCUAUUCUCCGCCCCCGUUAUUUAAGCAACCUCUUCUCAGCCAUAAUUUUCCCUUCCAACAUCAAUAGCCUACUAGGCAGCGGCAAGUUUUGUAUUGAUACCCUCCGUUGAAUCAUUAUAGCUAGCUGCACUUUCACAAGAUGGACUCUUCAAAGCUGCCGUCUUUUGUCGAAACACCCGUCGAAGAUAUCCCUCAGAUUGUCGAUCGACUCCGUCAGUCGUUCCACUCCCAAAAAACUCGACCUAUUGAAUUCCGGCUGAAACAAUUGCGAAAGCUAUAUUGGGCCAUCACCGACCACACUGAGCAGAUUCUGGAAGCAUGUUCGAAGGAUUUGCAUAAAGGCGUCUUCGAUGCAUACUCCGCCGAGGUUGAUUUCGUUCGCGAAGGUAUCUUAUUAAUCAACAAGAAUCUCGCCGAAUGGGUCAAAGACGAAAAGGCUCCAGAUAUCGCGUUCCCGAAUUGGUUGCUAAGCCCAAAAAUUCGCAAAGACCCCCUAGGUGUGGUCCUCGUCAUUGGGGCCUUCAACUUUCCAAUCAACCUCUCGUUGAGUCCAAUGAUAGGGGCUAUUGCAGCGGGCAACACUGUUGUGUUGAAGCCUUCUGAGCAGGCGUCCCACUGCGCAGCUCUGAUGCAAAAGAUAAUCGCCGACUCAUUGGAUCCAGACUGCUAUGCCGUAGUGCAAGGUGCCAUCCCCCAGACUUCGACUUUGCUGUCUCAAAACUGGGAUAAGAUCUUCUUCACCGGCUCUGUCGGGACGGCCAAAAUCGUUGCUCAGGCCGCAGCAAAGACUUUGACUCCUGUCGCGCUCGAACUCGGCGGACGAAAUCCCGCCAUUGUGACCAAGAAAGCUGAUGUCCGCUUGGCGGCUCGGAGGUUGAUGUGGGCAAAGGUCAUGAACGCAGGCCAAGUUUGCAUCUCCCAGAACUAUAACCUUGUCGACAAGGAGAUUGUCCCCACCUUCGUCGCAGAACUCAAAGUCGCCCUCAAAGAGUUCUACCCCGAAGGAGCCAAAAAGAGCGCCGACUACGCGAGAAUCAUCAACCUAUCUUCCUUUAACCGAAUCAAGAAGAUGUUGGACAAUACUCGGGGCCGCAUCUUGAUCGGAGGUGAGAUGGAUGCUGACGAGCUAUAUAUUGAGCCGACAGUCAUUCAAGUUUCUGAUCCUGAGGAUUCCUUAUUGGUAGAUGAGUCCUUCGGCCCUCUCUUCCCUAUCUUGCCAGUGGACAAUCUUGAUCAAGCUCUGAGCAUUGCCAACAAGGUACAUGCGACCCCACUCGGCGUGUAUGCAUUUGGAUCCAAGCAAGAGACUGACAAGAUCUUGGCCGAAACUCGGUCAGGAGGGGCUACUGUGAACGAUGGCUUGUUUCAUGGCCUCAUCCCGAACUUUCCCUUUGGUGGUGUUGGAGACUCUGGCACGGGUAGCUAUCGCGGCAAAGCUUCUUUUGACUGCUUCGUUCAUCGUCGGUCCAUCAGUGCGACCCCAGGGUGGAUGGAAAAGCUGUUGGCCGUAAGAUAUCCACCAUAUUUCGGCACCGACAAGCUCAAGCAGUUUCAGAAGAUGAAUCAGGGGAAGCCAAAAUUCGACAGAGAAGGCAAUGAACAAGUGGGUACUUUGUGGUAUAUCUUGACAUUGGGGGCUGGUAGCACGACAGGAGGCGUGUUCAGAGCUACUCUUCUGGCUGGACUGGUCGCUGGCCUGAAGAAGGGCCCGGAAACUCUGUCCCAGCUUGGUCAGAAGAGGAGAAUAUAACAUAGUAGAUUCUCCUGGGUGAGGGAUGUGCAAGGGCUUUUCUUGCGUUUUUCAAGUCAUCGUCAAGGUCUAUAGCAACUGCCCAGCUGUCCCAACGGACGGACCGCUAUAUGUAAUGGAUAUCUACUUAUGUAAACACC